GAGUUAUCUGAUAACGGACUUACGUGUGUGCAGACGACAGCAAGAGGAUACGUUAAUUUCUUUCAGACAAUCACUCGUAUUUUGCCCAGAAACACUUGGGAGAACGCUUUUGUCUCUCAUUACAAAACAUAUCAUUUCCCAUUUUCCGCCAGCGAAACCCCCUUCUUUUUGCCUUGAAUUUUGCAAUGGUUAAGACGUGAAACUAUACAGACCCCCUUUGAGUACUAACGAUAACGACACGGCCAUCGAAUAUGUCGGAAAAGCCAUUACAAGCAGCGAGGAUAGUGUCGAGUGUUGCGGCAACCUGUAUUGCAUUGGCAUGUGGUACGAACUAUGCUUUCUCCAAUUGGGGACCGCAGUUCGCUGAUAGAUUGAAGUUAUCAUCAACACAGAUUAACUUGAUAGGUCUAUUUGGGAAUCUGGGAAUGUAUGCAUGUGGUAUACCUAUUGGGUUAUUGGUAGAUGGAAAGGGGCCUCGACCUGCCGUUCUAUUGGGAACAAUUCUACUUGCCGCGGGAUAUUUCCCACUAUAUCAAGCAUAUGAUAGAGGGUCUGGAUGGUUACCAUUACUUUGUUUAUAUUCAUUCUUUACCGGGCUUGGAGGGUGUGCUGCCAAUGCAGCUGCCAUCAAGACUUCAGCUCUUAACUGGCCACACAACAGAGGUACAGCGACAGCUUUCCCACUGGCCACUUUCGGACUCAGUGCAUUUUUCUUUUCUGCAUUUACUGCAUUUACAUUUCCAGGGGAUGCGGGACAUUUCCUACUAGUUCUGGCUUGUGGAACCAGUGGAACAGUAUUCUUAGGAUUCUUUUUCCUACGAGUGAUACCGCAUACCCAUUACUCGGCUCUUCCCGGCCAUAAUCGAUCCGAUUCAAAUCGACUACAUCGUACAAAAUCAGAGGACAGCAGGCGAGCAGAGAGAGAUGUCGUAGAGGGUGAACCUGAGGCAGAGGUACCCGAGAACGGCGUCACGUCCGAUACCGACGAAACCUCCUCCUUGAUGUCCAAAUCCACCGAUGAAGAAUCUCGAAAAAAUGUAGACGAAACUGACAAGAAGGAUCACGCGCAUCGUGUAGAUAUUCGAGGGCUUCAACUAUUCAAAACGGUCGAAUUUUGGCAAUUGUUUGCUUUGAUGGGGAUACUCACAGGCAUUGGAUUGAUGACUAUCAAUAAUAUCGGAAACGAUGCACAAGCGCUUUGGCGUCAUUGGGAUGAUUCAAUCCCAGAAGAGUUCAUCAUGCAUCGCCAAGCAAUGCAUGUAUCCAUCCUUUCUGUUUGUUCAUUCACUGGACGUCUCCUUUCAGGAGUUGGUUCAGACUUCCUCGUCAAAGUCCUACGCUGUAGUGGUUUGUGGUGUUUAACUCUCGCCUCUCUAAUCUUCUUCGUCGCUCAAAUUGCCGCUCUUAAUACCGAAAACCCACACCUCCUCUUCCUUGUUUCCUCAUUCACUGGUCUUGGUUACGGUUUUCUCUUUGGUUGUUUCCCGUCUCUCGUAGCCGAGGCUUUUGGUGUUCAUGGCCUCUCCACAAACUGGGGUUUCAUGACCCUCUCCCCAGUUCUCUCGGGAUACAUCUUUAAUCUUUUCUAUGGCGUCGUUUAUGAUCAGCAUAGUAUUGUGAAAGAUGGAGGUGUGAGGGAAUGUACCGAGGGUUUACAAUGUUAUCGCAGCGCAUAUUUGGUUACAGUGGCGGCGUCGGUGCUGGGUUUGUUGGUUAGUUUGUGGUGUAUAAGGUAUACACAUUUGGAGAGACUGGAGGAAGCGAGAAAAAUUGAAGCAGAUGAGAGAGUGGAGUAAAGAUGCAUGGUUGUGUAUUCUGCAAUUUUAACCAUCAAUCUGAAAAUGAUAGGAUAACAGGAGAUUCAAUGAUAGGCAAGGUUUAUUACCUUGUCUGGUAGCUACAAUGGAGGUACUGGUCGAGUUAUGAAAGGGUAUUCUUGGAUAGAAUGGUCUUGGGAGGAAUGGGACAAAUAGACGGUGGGCCGGCGGCUAUUAUAGAAGGGGUUAGAGCUGGAAGGACGAGGGGUAUUUUCCUUUCUUUCAAAUCUCUUCGUUCUGGCGGCAUCAAAGAUUGUGAUUAGUGCGAAGAUGGAACGAAGAGAGGGGGUUUAAUGCACGGGUGCAACUCCAAGCCCACACAUCACACUUUCCAUCCACGAAAUUGGAAUCAAGGGGUACUCAACAUCUCAGUCAUUGAACAAUCAAAUUUUCUUCAAAUAUCACACAAAAAACUCCGAGACGAAAUUAAGACGUGAUGGACUUUGUGAGGCCUGGACCGUUCACUAGAAUGCGGACUCUCGACGUCCACUUUGUCUCCGAGUUGUUCCUAUUUGAAUAAGUAUUAAUCUUGCAGGUAAUGUGUGCAGAAGCCUGUGAAUACCUAGUUUUAAGUAGAAUAUAAUGAGGCUCUAUGUAAACCUUACUGUGGUAGGGCGAUCAAGGAUGAGUAGCUAGGUAUACUCGUUUUGCUUUCACUGUUAACAGUAAUUGAAUGAUUUAAAUUAUAUGUAAUAGAAUACCGUCAUCAUGUAUUUUCAUUAGUUCAAAUCAACUCUUUUCUGCA